UCCUCCCGAGUCGCUCCAUUCGAGCCAGGAGCAGCGGCUCCAACACCUUCCCCGGGCUCCCCUCGGUCUCCGGCAUCGCCGUGCGGGCGCGGAGCCGGUGCGGGCGCGGAGCCGGUGCGGGAGCUCCGGUGCUGCCCCCGCGCUGUCCCGAGCCCCGCGGGAACGCGCCUCCUUAAGCGGGAACGGGCGGCCGGGGCGCGCGGGGCCGGGCGGCCGCUCCCCCCCCACACCGGGGCCGCCCCAGCCCCGCCCCAGCCCCAACGGGGGCGAGCGGAGACCCCGGGACCGCCGCCGGAGCCGCUCGGUGAGGCCCCGGAUCCACCGAGGCACCCCGGUGCCCCGGCGGGGGCAGCCCUCCCGGGAGCUCAGGAUGUUCCCGCAGGGACGGCACCCGCCCCCGCUCCAGCCCGGGCAGCCCUUCAAGUUCUCGGUGCUGGAAAUCUGCGACCGCAUCAAGGAGGAAUUUCAGUUCCUGCAGGCGCAGUACCACAGCCUGAAGCUGGAAUGCGAGAAGCUGGUGAGCGAGAAGACRGAGAUGCAGAGACAUUAUGUCAUGUACUACGAGAUGUCCUAYGGCCUGAACAUUGAAAUGCACAAGCAGGCAGAGAUUGUCAAGAGGCUGAGUGCCAUUUGUGCCCAGAUGAUYCCCUUCCUGACGCAGGAGCACCAGCAGCAGGUCCUGCAGGCGGUGGAACGGGCCAAGCAGGUGACCAUGGGAGAGCUCAACAGCAUCGUCGGGCAGCAGCAGCUUCAGCAGCUCUCCCAGCACGCAUCCCCCCUCCCGCUGGCCCCCCACCCCUCCAGCCUGAGCGGGGCCAGCGGCGCCGCGGGGCUCCUGGCCCUCUCGGGGGCACUGAUGGCUCAGCUGGCCACCAGGGAGGACAGAGUGGCCCAGGAUGGGGACAACAGAGAACGCACCCCAAGCCGGAGCGUUUCUUCUUCCCCCGCCGAGAGCSUGCAGGAGGAGGAGCGGACGGGGCUGAAGCGCAAACGGGAGGAGAAGGAUCCGCCCGAGCAUUCUGACAGCGAUGGGGACAAGAGUGAUUACAACCUGGUGGUGGACGAGGACCCCACCUCGGUGCCSGGCAGCCCUGUCCACUCGCCCAGCCACCGCCUGGCCCCGUCCCGCCGGGAGCUGCCCGAGAGCCCGGCRUCCAGCAGGAGCCCCACGCCCCUCCAGCCCAAGGAGCAGAGCCCGACCGACUCCGUGGCCAGCGCUCCAACCUCCAAGCCCUCCUCUUCCUCGCCACCCCGGGACUCCCUCACGCCCGGCCCCGGCCCCAGCUCGGCCACCCCGCUCCGGCCACCACCGGCCAAGGCUCCCAGCACCGACAGYGUCACUCUCCGCAGCCCCCUGAGCUCCUCCAGCCCCUUCCCGUCCUCCCUGGCCACCGUGCCCCACGGGGAGUUGCCGGCCCCCGGGCUCUACAUGGGCAUCCAUCUGUCACCCCAGGUCAGCAGUGCUGUGCUCUACGGCCGCUCGCCUGUGAUGGCGUUCGAGUCACACCCCCACCUGAGRGCCUCCAGCCUCUCCUCCUCGCUCGCCACCAUCGCCGGGGGGAAGCCGUGGUACUGCCCGAUGGGAGAGUGGCUGGCGGUGGGCAUGGAGAGCAGCAACGUGGAGAUCCUGCACGUCACCAAACCCGACAAGUACCAGCUGCACCUCCACGAGAGCUGUGUCCUSUCUCUCAAAUUCGCCUCCUGUGGGAAGUGGUUUGUGAGCACGGGCAAGGACAACCUGCUCAACGCCUGGCGGGCGCCCUACGGAGCCAGCAUCUUCCAGUCCAAGGAGUCCUCGUCAGUCCUGAGCUGUGACAUCUCUGUCAACGACAAAUUCAUCGUUACGGGCUCUGGCGACAAGAAGGCCACGGUGUACGAGGUGGUUUACUGAGCCCUGUCACCGUCCCWCGCCUUGCCCAAAGCCACCAGGGUUCACAGAGGCCUCCAGAGCUGGACCUGUCCUGCUGCAGCUCUACUUUCCCCCUUCCUCUUCUGCUUUCAGACACCAAACCAAGGCCCUGGCCCCUUUCUCCUGCACGAGGUGAGGGCUGGGUGUAACCUGGCAUCCCCUCAGCGUGGGCAGGGGCUGGGCUGGCCAACCUGGACCCUUCCUGUCCCUCAGGAGCCGGACAAAGCCCGAGACAGAGCGUGCCCCCUGAAUUACCGUUGCUGAUUUAAUGGUGCCCACUCUCUGCUGUAAAUUACCCCUAAAGAAAUGUAUUUAACUAUGUUUUCAAUCCCUUACUAAUAAAAAGGAACAAAAGAAGAGCUGGUGUGGUUAYGGGCAGGGCGCCUUUGCCAACCAGGG